AUGGCAGAGCAGUGGGGAGACGCAAUCUUUGCAGCCAGGCGAAGAGGAGAUGAAUCGACGAGGGAAACAAUGUUUGUAUAUACCAACAGCAAUAACACCAAGGAUCCCUUUGAGGGACCCAACUACCACAUUGCCCCUCGAUGGGUGUACAACAUAGCGACAGUAUGGAUGUUCUUUGUGGUCUUUGCCUCCACCUUCACCAAUGGUCUGGUGCUGGUGGCCACGGCCAAAUUUAAGAAGCUUCAUCACCCUCUUAACUGGAUUCUGGUGAACCUCGCUAUAGCUGAUCUAGGAGAAACUCUUUUGGCCAGUACCAUCAGUGUCAUCAACCAGAUAUUCGGCUAUUUUGUCCUUGGACACCCCAUGUGUAUUUUUGAGGGCUACACCGUGUCUGUAUGUGGUAUCGCUGGUCUGUGGUCUUUGACUGUGAUCUCUUGGGAAAGAUGGGUGGUUGUCUGCAAACCAUUUGGAAAUGUCAAGUUUGAUGCAAAAUGGGCAUCUGGUGGUAUCAUCUUCUCCUGGGUUUGGGCUGCUUUCUGGUGUGCACCCCCCAUCUUUGGCUGGAGCAGAUACUGGCCUCACGGUCUAAAGACCUCCUGCGGGCCUGAUGUCUUCAGUGGAAGCGAGGACCCUGGUGUCCAGUCCUUCAUGAUUGUCCUGAUGAUCACCUGCUGUAUCAUCCCUCUGGCCAUUAUCAUUCUCUGCUACAUUGCUGUGUGGUUGGCCAUUCGUGCUGUAGCCCAGCAGCAGAAGGAUUCUGAGUCCACACAGAAAGCAGAGAAGGAAGUGUCCAGAAUGGUAGUUGUCAUGAUCCUGGCUUACUGUGUUUGCUGGGGACCUUACACAUUCUUCGCCUGCUUUGCUGCUGCAAACCCAGGCUAUGCCUUCCACCCACUGGCAGCAGCCAUGCCUGCCUACUUUGCCAAGAGCGCCACCAUCUACAACCCCAUCAUUUAUGUGUUCAUGAACCGACAGUUUCGUGUAUGCAUCAUGCAGCUCUUUGGAAAGAAGGUGGAUGAUGGCUCUGAGGUGUCUACAUCCAAGACAGAAGUGUCUUCUGUGGCUCCUGCAUAA